GCAACGUACAAACUACCGCGCAUGCGAGUUUAAGGUUAAUGGGUUAACUUUUUUUUUUCUUUUAACCCAACGUCAACUAUUUACGUUACACAGGAACUAAUUGGCAUCGAAGCCAGUACAGGCUUUUAGUUUAGUAUUCAAUUUGGAGAGGAAGCUGAGUUCCCCCUUACUUGUAGAACUAAACCUCGACGAAGAAAGACGUCUGCUUCUUAGAAAGAUCAACGACAGUUUAACUCCCCCACCGCCGGCCGGCCGUUUGCCGAAUUAAUUGAUCACGGAUUAAUUUCAUGAGCCGGUACUAUAGGUGGUAUAAAGCGCAGGCGCGGCGAGUUUAGCCGACUUUACCGGCAUGGCCAGGGACUACGAUUAUCUCUUCAAACUGCUCAUUAUCGGCGACAGCGGUGUAGGGAAGAGCAGUCUUCUGUUGCGCUUUGCAGACAACACAUUUUCAGGUAGCUAUAUUACCACUAUUGGAGUUGACUUCAAGAUCCGAACAGUAGAGAUUAAUGGUGAGAAGGUGAAGCUACAAAUCUGGGACACAGCGGGCCAAGAGCGCUUCAGAACCAUCACCUCCACGUAUUACAGAGGAACCCAUGGGGUCAUAGUUGUGUAUGAUGUCACCAGUGCUGAAUCUUUUGUCAACGUUAAACGAUGGCUGCAUGAAAUUAAUCAGAAUUGUGAUAAUGUAUGUCGGAUAUUAGUGGGUAAUAAAAAUGACGACCCCAGCUCUAAAGUUGUGGAGACAAAUGAUGCACAAAAGUUUGCAGAGCAGAUGAGCAUCCGUCUGUUCGAGACCAGUGCAAAAGAAAACAUUAACGUGGAGGAGAUGUUUAACUGCAUCACCGAGCUGGUGUUACGGGCAAAGAAGGAAUCUGUGGCAAAGCAGCAACAGUUGCAACAGAAUGAUGUUAUUAAGCUCAGCAAGAACAGCAAGCGAAAGAAAAAGUGUUGCUAGUGGACCUCAGACCAGACACUCCCAGCAGAAUCCCUAUAGAGAAAAGGACCAUGAUCACCUAAAUUAAGAGCAGAGAUUGCUAAAUAAAGAUAAUGAAAUGAAAAGAAAAAUGUCCCUUUUGGACAUAUACAAAUAAUGAAGACUUUUUAAAGAAAAUGUACAGAUUUUAUUAGAAUUAAGGGAUUUUUAAGUGGGAAAUCAAUAGAUGUGGUAUUUAAUAAAAGACCCUCCUUCUUUUUUGAAGGACUGACAAACUGACAUGCUCACCACAUUGUGCAGAUUUUUAUAUGCAUAUAGUUACUCUUACCAUUAUGUCUUUUUUUUUUGUUUUGUUAGUUUUUGUCUCCAUACCAGGAUUGUUGUCUUAUUUUCUGUUUGAUGGAAUAGAUUUAUUUUCUAGAAAGAGUGAUGAGAGAGAGCAGUUUAUGAACAUGAAAUCUUAGAUGCCAACAACAUAUGUAUUUUCAUUUAAACAAAUUUCUCCAAAUUUGAAGACAUGUUUGUGUGGAUAGUCACAGAGGACACUCGUAUCAUCUGCCAAUGAUUUCUGUGUUCAGUGCUUACACUGCAGUCUCAUGUAAAGAAUUUCCAUUUUGGGAAAAGGUGUCAUGGUGCAUUCUUAUUGAAUUUACAAGUAUGUAAUUGUCCAAAUCCCAAUUGAAUAUAAAGGUGUUUUUAAGGAAAACAGGAGUUAAAAUGCCAUAGGACUAACCAGAGUAAAAGUAUUUUAAAUAUUUAAAAUUGAACAAAGUACGUAAUUACAGCUGAAUGCUUCUUGUCCACAAAACCUCGUAACUUUAAUCCACUAUAAUUGGAGCUAAACACCCAGAAUCAUCACUGUGUGAAUGGCAGUUUUUUUUUUACCCCUUUUGUCAAGGAGACAUAGCAACAAAUCUCUGACUUUUUAUCCAUUAUUAAUUUGUAUCUCUAAAUAUAACAGAAUUUUAAAAACUCUAUUUUAAUCAGAUAUGAUCUAUGAUUUUUAUAUUUGCACAUAGCCAUGCAAAUUUGCGGAUUUGUGCUAGAAAAGGAUGUGGUUCUGCUGUCCACUGGACAAAGAAAUAAUACUGCAUCUCCUCCCUCUUAUGAAUUAAAAUGACAAACAAUUUAAGUGUAUUAACAUUCAGCACGGCCUUUUUUGCCUGUAUCCUCAAAUAUGUGUUGCUGAAUGUUUUCCAUUGCCAAGUUACCGUUUUUCCUUGUCUUCUGAGUAUCAGCAUUUGUUAUACUGUGUUUGCAGCAGUGAUAACACUGAUGUUCCUGCAUUUUAAUUUCUUUAUAUCCCAGUGCAUUCCACAUUCACUUUAUGCUUUUCUUACCAUGAAAGUAUGUUCUUGUGUAAAUCGUAUCUAGCAUAACUACAAUAACAUAAUGUAAAUGUGGAUCAUGUGAAAGUGUAACAGUUCCAACAUCACCCUUAUCUUUGCUAUACACUGAAGACAUUUGAAUUUGAGAAAGUGAAUAUGAGAUAUAAUAUAAUUUUAAUUUCCUGGUAAUUACAUCUAUAUCAACAUACUGUUGUACCUGAUAAAACUGAAUGCCUUUGCCAUGGAUGUGUUUUUAUGUGCAUUGUAUUUUCAGAUCUUAUAUUUGCCAUAGACUAUUUGUAAAAGGGCCUUAUGUCAAUGUAAUGUGUCUUGUAAGUGAUACAGUUAAUGAGUUAAUGCAUUCUCGCAUGCCAAUUUUCUGUUUCAAGUGUUUCAAAAUUUACUGAACAUUACACACGUACUGUCUGGAAGAAUUUUCACUUUCUGUUGUAAAAAUUGUAGGCUACAGGUUUGUAAGACUUUCCAUGAUUGAAAUAACAUGCAAACAUAAAAAAUGCAUACGGGGCUUUACUUAA